GCCCUGGGUCCUCCCUCCUGCUUGCCACCAGGGCUGGCUGGGACUCCCUUUGCCCGCCAGCAACAGCUGAGCCCAAGACUUGGUGCUGCUCUGCUCCUGCUAUGUUGCCUUUCCCUUUGAAACACUUGGCCAAGCCUCUGCGGAUAUGCUGCCAGGCUACAGGGAGCUUGCGGGCCCAGCACAGCAAAGCAGCUGCUGCGUCUGCCAAAGAGUCACCAGGAUGGACUGGGCAGGAGAGCUUGUCUGAAAGUGACCCGGAGAUGUGGGAGCUGGUGCAGCAAGAGAAGGAUCGACAGUGCCGGGGACUGGAACUCAUUGCCUCAGAGAAUUUCUGUAGCCGAGCUGCUCUGGAAGCCCUGGGCUCUUGCCUUAACAACAAAUACUCAGAGGGCUACCCUGGCAAGAGGUAUUAUGGUGGAGCUGAAGUGGUUGACCGCAUUGAGCUGCUAUGUGAACGCCGUGCCCUUGAAGCCUUUGACCUGGAUCCUGAGCGUUGGGGCGUGAACGUCCAGCCCUACUCCGGCUCCCCUGCCAAUUUUGCUGCUUACACAGCUUUGCUGCAGCCUCAUGAACGACUCAUGGGUCUCGACCUCCCCGACGGGGGCCACCUGACACAUGGGUACAUGUCGGAUGUCAAGCGCAUCUCCGCCACGUCUAUCUUCUUUGAGUCCAUGCCCUACAAACUGAAUCCGAAGACAGGGCUAAUAGAUUAUGAUCAGCUAGAAAUCACUGCCCGACUCUUCCGCCCACGCAUCAUAAUUGCGGGCACCAGCGCCUAUGCUCGCCUCAUUGACUACGCCCGCAUCAAGAAGGUGUGUGAAGAAGUAAAGGCCUACAUGCUGGCUGACAUGGCUCACAUCAGUGGCCUGGUGGCAGCCAAAGUUAUUCCAUCUCCCUUUGACUAUGCUGACCUGGUUACCAGCACAACUCACAAAACGCUACGAGGAGCAAGGUCUGGGCUGAUCUUCUACCGCAAAGGCACCCGUUCUGUGGACAAAAAGACCAACAAAGAGAUUCCCUACAAUCUGGAAGAAAAAAUCAACUUCGCUGUCUUCCCUUCUCUGCAGGGGGGCCCACAUAACCAUGCCAUUGCUGCUGUUGCUGUGGCACUAAAACAGGCCAGCUCCCCCAUGUUCCGGGAGUAUUGCCAACAGGUACUGAAGAAUGCCAAAGCCAUGGCAGAAGCGUUGCUGCAGCGAGGAUACACUCUUGUUUCCGGAGGUACUGAUAACCACCUGGUGCUUGUGGACCUGCGGCCAAAAGGCAUUGAUGGGGCCCGGGCCGAGCGUGUGCUGGAGCUGGUGUCCAUCACAGCUAACAAGAACACCUGUCCCGGAGACAAGAGUGCUUUGACACCUGGUGGCUUGCGCCUUGGAGCGCCUGCACUUACAUCCCGACAGUUCCGGGAAGCGGAUUUCCAGAAAGUUGUAGAGUUCAUGGAUGAAGGAAUCCAGAUUGGACUGGAUGUCAAAAAGAAAACCUCCAAGCUCCAAGAUUUCAAAUCCUUCUUGCUGUCUGACCCAGAGACCAAGCAGAAGCUGUCUGACCUCCGGCAACGAGUGGAGACCUUUGCCCGUGCCUUCCCCAUGCCUGGCUUUGAUGAACGUUGAGGACCCAUCCCGGUCAGAGACUGGCUAUUCACUACUCUCAGAUGGACAGGACUUGCAAGAGGUCGGAUGCCAGCAGUUCUUGCAGCCCUGUCCCUGAGCGCCAGCCAAGCGGGGGCCCCAUGCCACCCACAAGGCCACUUGCCUUGGCUACCUUCUCCUCACCUCCCAGUUACCAUUUUAUAGUGACUCAAACAACUGACCUCUUUUUUGUUUACAUCAGGACUAGUCUCUGACAUGUAAAAUUGCUGGCUCGUUAUGCAAGAUGGGUUGUAAGAAUUAAACAACUUCACUUCCUUUGACUGAACUAAA